AAAGAUAAAACCGAAAUGUUAUGAGCCUGCAACACCCCUUAUGUCUCCGCGCCAGAGGAGAAAGCCUUUUUUUAACACCCCCCAACCUAUAAUAGUAAGUUAACAGUUGGUCAUGGAUCACAAUACGGAACAAAACGUCGUUCCAAGUGUACGUCUCAAAUUAAAAAAAAACGAUGUAAUAUAUAUAUAUACACGUAUAAAUAUGGCGAAUGUUAGAUAUCAGUUAAUAGAACCAUUAAGCCCUAGUGAUGUAAAUACUUGGCAUAUAUACUUGAAAAGCGUUUUGGCCAUGGCAAGUGUUUCUCUGAUCGUACUAUAUUCGUGUUAUAAUGGGACAAUGGACCAAAAUAUUACUAUACCCACUAACUCAAUAUUCGUUUCGACGGAAAUUGCACAUAUUCAAAGGGAGUUUCAUAAUUCUACGAACAACACGCAGAUUCAAAAAAAAAUUCAUAAUUCAACGGUGCCCAAUUAUUUUGUGUAUUCUGAAAAUUGUCAAAUGCCUGCGGUGAAUCCAUUUACGAGCGAUGUCCUCAAAAUAUUCCACAAGACUGCGUAUAAAAAGUGCGAUCUCCAGAAGGAUUUAAUUACAGUGAACUACGACGAUAAAAAGCGCCGUUACAGUCUACACAAAAACAAAGAGAAUAUCAGUUGUUGCUACAAGACAAUUCUUAGAUGGGGAGAACGUACGGAGGCGGACAAUCUUUACAAACUGAUGCCUUGUACCAACUUUCAUCAGGAUUUUGUGGUGCCACAACAAAUCGAUGCGAUCAUCACCGAGUGCCGACGGUUAAAGGAUCAUGUUUUAUUACAACAGGAUGCCUUUGGAUUUGUGCAAUCAAAAACAAGCGGAUCUGGAAAGAAUGCUUCAAGUGAUGGUGAAUCCGUCGAUAGAAGACCAAGUGUCUUGCUUUGGGGCAUUGAUUCCAUGUCCCGCAUGAACUUCCAACGCACCAUGCCACAAAUGUUCAAGUAUCUGACGGAGGAAAACUGGUACGAGCUCCAGGGCUACAAUAAGAUGGCUGACAACACAUUCCCCAAUUUGAUGGCCAUACUCACAGGCUUUAACAAUUCAAGAGCCAUGUCUGUCUGCAAGCCAACAGUGGUGGGUUUUUUGGACACCUGUCCUUCUCUUUGGAAAGCCUAUAAGAAACGUGGAUAUUUCACAGCCUAUUCUGAAGAUUGGAGCAAGUUCGCCACAUUUAAUUUCAACAAGAAGGGAUUUGUUAAGCCUCCAACGGAUUAUUACGGACGUCCUCUCAUGUUGGCCGUCGCCAAAGAACUUAAAAACCAAGUCAAUAUGAAUAUUCCCUACUGUGUUGGACGUCGCCACUAUGCGGAGUAUGUUUAUGAUGCUGCAUUACAAUUUACUAAAGUCUACAAAAAUGAAUCGACUUUUGGAAUGUUCUGGACAAAUUCCUUUAGUCACAAUAACUUUGCGUUGCCCUCUUCAAUGGAUGCCAGGGUUUUAGAGUAUAUGCGAUCCUUGAAUAGAAGUGGAAUCCUUGAUGAAUCCAUAAUUGUAUUUUUUAGCGAUCAUGGAAUGCGUUUUGGUAGCCUACGUAAAUUAGACAGCGGAUUUUUGGAGGAACGGAUGCCCAUUUUCUACAUUUGGCUACCAAAAUGGUUCAGAGAGAAAUAUCCAGAGUAUGCGGAUAGCUUGAAAUUAAAUAGAAAUCGUUUAACUUCUCCCUAUGACAUCUAUGCUACAUUGAGGCACAUUCUGGAGUUGGACACCCCUCGGUCUGAGCUACCCCUUCCCGAAAGUUGUCCGAGUUGUCAUAGCGUGUUUUUCAAAGUAGAAGAAUCUCGAGGUUGCAGAUAUGCGGGAAUUGAUGAUCAUUGGUGUACCUGUAACUCAUUUCUAAAUGUCUCUGGGAGUGAUAAAAAUGUUGGAGAAGCUGCUGAUCAAUUAAUUAAUGCCACAAAUAACUUUCUUGCUGCCAGAAAUUUAACAGCACUUUGUCAGCCUUUAAAACUGUCCAAAAUUAGUUCGGUGCAGCGGAAAAUAAACUUGGAUACGAAAGGUUCCGAAUCUUAUCUAAUCAGGUAUGAAGUCAAACCAAGCAAUGCUUUGUUUGAAGCAUCUAUAACUUGGAACAAAAAAUCUCACAGAAUCUCCAUAGACGUUCCUGAUAUAAGUCGAUUGGAUCGUUACAGUAAUUUUUCUAUGUGUGUUAUCGAUAAAAUUGCAAAAAAGUUUUGCAUAUGCUCCAAUUCACAAGCGAAUAAUCUUUAUAAAUAAAUAAAAUAAAAUGUUGAUAUUAUGUGUAUAUU